CAAGUGCAAUAAACCGUAAACAGAGCAAAACUUUUACCGACGGCAAAAUGCAAGCGACCAAAUUGCGAACCCCCUUUGCCAUACAGGAGAUCCUUGGUCUGGGCCAGCAACAACAAUCAUCGCAGGCAGCUGCCGCUGCCACGCCCAGCGCCAUUGAGGCGCCCCUCUCACCGGCCGCCACGCCCCCACCACGUAAUGCUAAUACGCCGCAACAGUCGGCCGUGAGCAGCGGUCAACCGCUGGAGCAGCCCUCGCGAGAUUCGCGCUCCAUUUCGCCAGAUGUGACGCGCUUAUCAGCGGCCGCUGCAGCUGCCGCCGCUGCUGCUGCCGCCCACUGCCAACUACCCGUAUUCAAUCCGGCAAAUUUCUAUGCAGCCGCCGGCUAUGCCGCUGCCGCCGAUCCGGCGAACGCAGCUGCCGCCCAUCACCAUCACAUGACGACGUUGGCAGCGGCUGCCUAUCUGCGAGGCUUCUUGCCGCCCGGCUUCAGCACGCCCCACGAAUUUCGCGGACACUUUCAACAGCAUUUCGGCGCUCAGUUUGCAGAACAAGCGGCCGCACGUGGUCAGGAGUACGCCAACAGCUUGGCCAAUGCCAGCGGCGAUGAGCAAUCGCCCAGCAAAUCGAGUGCGGCAGCUGCGGCUGCUGCCGUCGAGCAGUCAGCAGCGCACAGCAAUGGUCAAUCGAAUGGCAACGCCAACACCAACAACAGCAGCAGCAGCAGCAGUAACAAUAACAACAAUAGCAGCGCUGCCACGGCAAGCUCCGCCUCGAGCGCCACAUCCUCCUCCUCCUCCUCGAAUGCGCUGCAACAGCAGCAGCAGCAGCAGCAGCAGCAACAGCAGCAGCCGCCGCAUCAUCAUGCCGCUUUGGCUGCCCAUCAGCAUGCGGCAGCGGCAGCUGCAGCGGCACAUCACCAUGCGGCUGCCGCAGCGGCCGCUCAUCAUGCCCAUCACGCUCAUGCGGCGCAUCAUGUGCACGCCCAUGCUCACGUUCAUGGGCAUGGUCAUGGCCAUGGACAUGUGCAUCAUAGCCAUGAGGCGGCCUUUUUGGGCGCUGCAGCUGGCGCGGCGGCCAAUCCGAACGGACUGCUAGCUGGCCAUGGCGGCGGCGAUGUGCUCGUUGGGCCUGGCGGCAGCGGACCCGGCGGCAAGAAGAAGAACAAGCGACGGCACGGACGCACCAUAUUCACCAGCAGCCAGCUGGAGGAGCUGGAGAAGGCCUUCAAGGAGGCCCACUAUCCGGAUGUCAGUGCACGCGAGCUGCUGUCCAUGAAAACGGGACUGGCCGAGGAUCGUAUACAGGUGUGGUACCAGAAUCGUCGGGCCAAGUGGCGCAAGACCGAAAAGUGCUGGGGCCACAGCACGAAGAUGGCCGAGUACGGCUUGUAUGGGGCCAUGGUGAGGCACUCGCUGCCGCUGCCGGAGACAAUCAUCAAGUCGGCCAAGGAGGAUGAGUCCGUGGCGCCCUGGCUGCUGGGCAUGCACAAGAAGUCGCUGGAGGCUGCCGAGCUGCUGAAGAGCGACGAGAGCGACAGGGAGACGCCCACCUCGGAUGACACGAACACCUCCUACUCGGCGGGCAGCACCCACAACUCGCCCAUCUCCAGCUUCUCGAUAUCGCGUCUGCUGUUCGAUGCGCCGCCGCCGCCGGCAGCGGGCGGCAACAAGCAGUCGAAGCAUGCCCAUCCGUAUAACCAGCAGCAGCAUCUGCAUCACCUGCAGCAGCUACAGCAGCAGCAGCAGCAACAGCAGCAGCAGCAGCAACAGCAGCAGCAACAGCAGCAACAGCAGCAGCAGCAGCUGGCCGAGCAGCAGCAGCAGCAGCAGCAGGCGGCGGUGGUGCAGCAUGCAAUGCAUAUGCACCACCAUGGCACCGCUGGCUAUGCUGAGGCAGCUGUGGCUGCGGCUGCUGCUGCUGCGGCCGUUGCUGCUGCUGCAAACGCACGCAACGCAGCGGCCGCUGCUGCUGUUGCUGCCGUUGCCGUUGCCGAGUCGGAGCCGGACGAGGAGAUCGACGAGGACGAGGAUAUGGAUAAGGAUUGCGAUGCGGAUGUCGAUGCGGAUGUGGAUGCGGAGGCAGACAACGAUGCGGAUGUCGAUGGCGAUGCGGACGCCGAUGGCGACAUCGACAUCUGCGACGACGAGGACGAGGCGCAGGCGCUGGCGCAUCAGCAGCUGCUGCUCAAGGUCAAGCAGGAGCACAUGAAUGGCGGCGCAGCUAGUGGCGCAGGUGGCACAGAGGGCAGCAGCAGAUGAAACAUGUACAUCGAUGUUUUGUUUUAAGACACGCAGAGCGAGAGAGAGGCAGAUAAACGAGAGAGAGAGAGAAAAA